GUCAUCUCUAUCUCGGUGACAUUUAUCUAUUUCUAUCUCAGAAAUGGCCAAACAAGGCCAAGAGGCAAUGAAGAAGGCGCUUCAAAACGCCAGAGGAGCUGGCAUGGGAGUGGGCUUGAUUGCUGCGGCAGGAGCAGCUGUAUAUGGCGUUUCACAAGCUUUGUUCACAGUUGAUGCGGGUCAUCGUGCCAUUAUGUUCAAUCGAAUUGGAGGACUUUCAAAUGAUAUAUACAAAGAAGGACUCCACUUCAGAGUUCCUUGGUUCCAGUAUCCCAUCGUGUACGAUAUCCGUGCUCGUCCCAAUCAGAUCCGAUCUCCUACUGGAAGCAAGGAUCUGCAAAUGGUGAACAUCGGCCUCCGAGUUUUGUCUCGACCUAACCCCGAACAGUUAGUUCGUAUUUAUCGAACUCUCGGUUUGAACUGGGAAGAAAGGCUCCUCCCGUCAAUUUGCAACGAGGUGCUCAAAAGUGUAGUAGCAAAAUUCAACGCGUCGCAGCUCAUUACUCAACGACAGCAGGUCUCAAUGCUGGUUCGCAAAGCGCUUAUUGAACGUGCUUUGGACUUCAACAUUAUCCUUGAUGAUGUUUCACUUACUGAGUUAGCUUUCUCACCACAGUACUCAGCCGCCGUUGAGGCUAAACAAGUAGCAGCGCAAGAAGCUCAGCGAGCGUCCUUCCUUGUGGAGAGAGCUAAACAACAACGUCAAGAGAAGAUUGUCCAGGCUGAAGGAGAGGCAGCAUCAGCAAAGAUGUUGGGUGAGGCCAUGAAGUCAGAUCCUGGAUUUUUGAAGCUGAGGAAAAUCCGCGCGGCACAAAACAUCGCUCGAGUUGUGUCCGAGUCGAACAACAAUAAAGUCUAUCUUCCUGCCGGUGGCCUGAUGUUGAACAUUGCUGAUAGUGAUUACAUGGAUAUCAACAACGGAAAAACAACAACAAGACGAUAACUGCUCAUACUUUUGCAUCUCCUCUAACGUGAAGCAAAUUCUUUUUUGUCUGUUAGCUUAGAUUUUUAGUUACUCUGUCGGUUUGUUAUAGUCUAGCAUGUUGUUACUUUAUUCUUGCGAUAUUAGUUGGAUGAACAC